GUGUCCUCCUCCGGAGGCAGCCUCUUCGCCGCCAUUCAUCCUUCCCAAACCCUAGAAAGUCGAUCUUCUUCAGCCUCUCAAUCCCAAGCUCCGGAGCUCCAAAUUCAGCAAUUUUUUCCUCGCGAUGAUGCUGAGGAUCGGUGUCAAGAAGCUCGCCGGACUGGCCCCGCGGGGCCCCCCGUCCGGGCCGGCCCGGGCGGCGGUGCCGCCGCCGCGGCUGUACCACGAGCGGGUGGUGGACCACUACAACAACCCCAGGAACGUCGGGUCGUUCGACAAGAGCGACCCGACGGUCGGGACGGGGCUGGUGGGCGCGCCGGCGUGCGGCGACGUGAUGAAGCUGCAGAUCAAGGUCGAUGAGGAGACCGGGAAGAUCGUGGACGCUCGCUUCAAGACCUUCGGCUGCGGGUCCGCCAUCGCGUCGUCCUCUGUCGCGACCGAAUGGGUGAAAGGGAAGCAGAUGGAGGAAGUCGUAUCCAUUAAGAACACGGAAAUUGCAAAGCACCUCUCUCUUCCACCUGUUAAGUUGCACUGCAGCAUGCUUGCUGAGGAUGCAAUAAAGGCAGCCGUAAAAGAUUAUGAAGCUAAACGUGCUAAGUUGAAUGGAAGCAUCGAUAAUGCUAAGGAUGCACCUCUUGAGAAGGCGGCUGAUGCCUGAAGCUGUCCAUGAAAUGAUGAUGAUGGUACCUCUGAGAAGGUGGCUGAUGCCUGAAGCUGUCCAUGAUGAUAGCAAUAUAUACAAAACCGUAUCUCGUGGCUUGAAGUUGUAAUAACGGACUUGGAAAAUGUAAAGAAUACUUUUUCAUAGUAUUUUCUGAGAACAGGAGCCUUUGUUGUUGAUAUAUGUCAGGUAUGGCACGUUCUUGGCUCGUUGGUCGUGGA